UUGAGACCUGCGAGGCAUAAGCAUCCAUCCUGUUCAUCACAUCGUGCCAUCAUGCGUGAAUGCAUCAGCGUACACAUCGGCCAGGCCGGAGUGCAGAUCGGCAACGCGUGCUGGGAGCUGUACUGCCUGGAGCACGGCAUCCAGCCUGAUGGCCAGAUGCCCUCAGACAAAACCAUCGGCGGAGGCGACGAUUCCUUCAACACCUUCUUCAGCGAGACCGGCGCCGGCAAACACGUGCCCAGGGCAGUCUUUGUCGACCUCGAACCCACCGUUGUAGACGAGGUUCGCACGGGCACCUACCGCCAGCUUUUCCACCCUGAGCAGCUCAUCACAGGCAAGGAGGACGCGGCCAACAACUAUGCCAGGGGCCACUACACCAUCGGCAAGGAGAUCGUCGACCUCGUGCUCGACCGCGUCAGAAAACUGGCCGACCAGUGCACCGGCCUGCAGGGUUUCUUGAUCUUCCAUUCAUUUGGAGGAGGCACAGGGUCAGGCUUCACGUCACUUCUGAUGGAGCGACUCUCAGUCGACUACGGCAAGAAGAGCAAACUCGAGUUCUCGAUCUACCCGGCACCUCAGGUGUCAACAGCGGUGGUAGAGCCCUACAACUCUAUCCUGACGACGCACACGACACUCGAGCACUCAGACUGCGCCUUCAUGGUCGACAACGAAGCCAUCUACGACAUCUGUAGGAGGAACCUCGACAUCGAGCGGCCAACCUACACCAACCUCAACAGACUCAUCGGCCAGAUCGUGUCCUCCAUCACCGCCUCGCUCAGGUUUGACGGCGCGCUGAACGUCGACCUGACGGAGUUCCAAACAAACCUGGUGCCUUACCCGCGCAUCCACUUCCCCCUCGCCACGUACGCCCCCGUCAUCUCCGCUGAGAAGGCUUACCACGAACAGCUCUCCGUCAGCGAGAUCACCAACGCGUGCUUCGAGCCAGCCAAUCAGAUGGUAAAGUGCGAUCCUCGACACGGCAAGUACAUGGCGUGCUGUAUGCUGUACCGCGGAGACGUGGUGCCCAAAGACGUCAACGCCGCCAUUGCGUCCAUCAAGACCAAGCGCACCAUACAGUUUGUGGACUGGUGCCCCACUGGCUUUAAGGUGGGUAUCAACUACCAGCCCCCUACGGUAGUGCCGGGUGCAGACCUGGCGAAGGUGUCGCGCGCCGUGUGCAUGUUGUCCAACACCACAGCCAUCGCUGAGGCCUGGGCCCGCCUCGACCACAAGUUUGAUCUCAUGUACGCCAAACGUGCCUUCGUGCACUGGUAUGUUGGAGAAGGAAUGGAGGAAGGUGAGUUCUCCGAGGCGCGGGAAGACUUGGCCGCCCUAGAGAAAGACUACGAGGAGGUCGGCGUGGACUCGACUGAAGCUGAGGACGAAGAAGGUGGUGAAGAGUACUGAGAGGAACCACGCCUGCUGGAGGAACCUUUACCUGUUGAAGAGCCUCGGGUUGAGGAGCAAGAGGAGACUCUUGAAGUGAAGGAAGAGGUUAAGAUCAAGAGCGGCGUCAGGAGUCGGCUAGAUCUAAGUUCACGUCCGGCAUGGAGGUGAACACGUGCCUACGUAACGAACUAAUACUCAUACUAACAAACUAAACGAACUAAAUACUCAUACUUACGAUGAAACGAACUCACACUCGCUCAGUGUUUGUUUGUUUACAUUAUCCAGCAGGCAAAUGAACUUCGUGUUUUGUUUAUCAACGAAAAUUCGGUCGAUGAUUGCGUCGGAUUGGAAAACUACAAAAAAACUUAUUUGAUGACGCGAAUGAAAUUGUAAAGAUUUUAGUCGUGUUCUAGAUAAAAAAUUCAUCUUGCGUUAUUUUCUCUUUUAAGAUAAACUUAUUUUCAUGGUUUUUAAUUGCUCGCAUUGUUUAAAUUUGUCGCGUAAUUUUCUUACACUGCCGCCGAAAUUAUUGUUGCCAUGCAGCAGUUCACGUUUCACUCGCUUCCACUAACACCUUGAUAUUUGAAACGCAGUAGAUCACUGACAACUAUGUUAACUUCACUUCACAGUUCAUGUUGUUUAUUAAACUUUCUCCGUUAAUAUUGUAGGAGAAUAAAAAACACGUAGCAAACAUGGAUAUGAACGUGCACCUAAUUUUAACCAUAAAUAUGGUGAGAAAUUUGAUCUUACGUACAAGGCACCAUCACGCAUUUACACCCAGCGAUGACAUCAUCUCAUUCAUCUUCCACUAAUGUUUACAUAGGCAAAUUUUCGCUAUGUUCAAAUCACACUCAUCGCACACGUAUUUUUAAUGAAGAAAUACAAUGAUUAAUUCCUUAUUUAUCGCACGAAUUAUAUAUACAAAAAACCAACUAGCUAAUGGCAUUCACUUCACCAAAAAUAAAGUUUUUUUUCUGCAGUAUGUUUGAAUAUUUUUUCGUUGAACUUGCGUCGGUUGUAUUUCACCUCGCUUUUCCUGUAGGUGUCUUGUGCGGUCUAUCGCUCAUAUGUAACUCGAUAUUCCUCCCUGCUCAUGCUAAUGGGUCAGAGACAUGUCUUGCUUCGUGGGAGAAUGGCAAUGUAGAUUUACGCGGUAUAAACAUUAGUUUAACCUUAAUUUUAUUAAUGGUAACAACUUACAACGCCGUAUAAUAACUGCUCACACAUUUGCACGAGUAGACAUGAUUCUCUAUUAGCGGUCAUCAUAACACUUUCUUUCACUCAUGAAUCAUUGACAGAAAUCGACUAGAUUAAACUUAGUCGUCACUCUGAUCACAGCCACUGCAGCCAAGCACACGCUAAAGUCAAAGUUAAUGCAUGCAAUGCAACGGCUUCAUGUGUCGAGAUGUGUAUGUAAUUUCACUAAUUAAA